UUUGGCAUUUCCUCUGAGCUCACACAGACACACACACACACACACACACACACACACACACUCAGUGGCUGCUCUUUCAUUUCAUACAGCGUUCUGCAUCUUGAGAGAGAAGGAUUCUCAAAAAAACAUGGCCCUGUAAACCUAGCCUCUGAUGUUAGAGUACUCUUUCCAAAGUUUGUAACAUUGAGGAGAACUUGAGACUGACAGAACAUCUGGGAGACUGACUCAGCAUGGGCUACCCUCCUCCAUCUCAUGCCUGCGAGAGCUCCAAGGCCCUGGACUGAGAAAAGAACAGGAGGAUGAGUGUGUACACGCUAAACCUCAGGGUUUUCUGGCUUCUGGUUUCGUGCAUCUUCGGAGUCCUGCUGCUGCUUCAUCAUUCCGUGUUGCUUGAAACCGAGGAACGUUCCGAUGGCUGCUCCGAUCAGGGAAACGAAUCCAUCUCUCUGAUCAAGUACGUGUUUGCCUUUGCACUGUGUUAUUUCUUUAUCAGGUACUGCUCAUCUCAGCCUGGACAGACUAAACACGCUGUUCAUGUCGCUGGAAAACCUUCGGGUCCUACAAGGGAACUGUUGGAGGAGCACUUUGAGAGGUAUGCACGCCUUUCUCCACAUGUUCUCGGCCACAGCAAGGCUCAUGUGGCCAAGCUGGUGAGCGAGCUGGUGCGAGUCGGACGUGCCGACAUCAUUCCAGAGUCGUCUCUGGCAUUUCGUGGGGACUUUGUUCAGAUCGGGAGCUCGUACGAGGAGCACAAAGUGGGAUCUCCGGACUGUUUUGACAUUCUGGUCCCUCUUAGGCUUCCCCGAGGACUCAAAUUGGAGCCUCGCAGUUAUGCUGAGAAAUGUGGCGGUGCUCCACUGGUCACCUUGGAGACACCGAGGAAGGAGGAAUGGCCGAAGCGGCACAAAGCUUUUACGGACACUUACCUGCAUUCGGACGGUUCACCGGGAGUCUACAGGUUAAAUCCGGACUCUGUGAUGCGCUGGUUUUACUGCGCAUCCCAGCGCUGUCUGUCAGCUGUACGAUACCCGUUUGAGCAGCGUUGUUUGCUCAGUCUUUCUCUCAUUGAGGGACAACGUGUACAGCUUCACCUAACACCACGAUCCGACUAUGUCUGCUGCCACAUCUCCAUGGGCGUCCGACUUAUCCCAGCCCUUCCUCUGGGUGAUUCCGCCUUUUUGGUUGCGUCACCUGGUGCUCGGCGUUCGGAAGACCUGUGGACUAUUUACUUUCCGAAGCAGGAGCAGAAGCUCCUUGGAUGGUUGAAAUCCAAACUCCCUGCCAGUUCCUGCCAUCUCAAGUGCCUUCAGCUGCUCAAAGAAGUGCGGGACCUUGGCGGGCAAACGUUAGACCAACCAGCGGGAGCCAAGUGGAAAGGAGUUCUUUCAUCAUAUGUCCUGAAAACUGCCUGGCUACGUCUUCUGCUCAGCACACCAUCUGAAGCUUGGGAAGACCGCCACCUGUUGGACCGCAUAGAAGACCUGCUGCGUUUUCUAAAAGACGGCCUACAAACCAGGAGUCUCCGGCAUCUCCUGCUUGGCGGAGACAAAAAGCUACUGCCAGAUUCUGUCACUUUGCCAAAGAUCUGUAAGGAAACCGUGCCAUCUAACCUGUGGGCCGAGUUCAGCGUCGAGACUCUGGACCUGGUCACGGCUCGUCUCUCCUACUCCUGGACUCACCUGCCUCGUCUAAUCCGUCUCGGACGUCCACAAAGGACAACUCUAGGACGAGGUGUUCACUGUAAGCACAUUGACGCAGAGUAGAUGCUUUAUCUCCAAACAGGGUCACAGAUUUGUUCGUCUCAGGUGUGUUUUUUGAUCUGCCCAUGUGUGCUUAUUGAACAAAUUGUGAACUGAGAGAAUGUUGUGUUUUUGUUCGAGCAGUUUGUGGAGAAGGUACGAGGAUUGUAUUGCAUCCCGGUACAAAUAUUUCUUAUUGUACUGUAUCUCAAAGGUCAUGAAGGACACACAAAAUCGCUGCUUUGAAUUUAAGUCAUAGGCCAAAGAUUUAUAAAAACGAAUUAUUGUCAGGAGUGUGUGUGUGUGUGUGUGUGUGUGUGUGUGUGUGUGUGUUCAGCUGUGAUAUAAAUGCUAAACGUGUGAGCACUGGUUGAGAUUUGUAUUGACUCACAGACAUCAUGUGGGUCGAACUCAGAACAGGUUUAACACACACACACACACACACACACACACACACACACACACACACACACACACAGUGUUUACUAACUUCAUUGUGUUUCACUGCACUUGGUGUGAUAGAGCAGGACAUGCGUGUGUUUUAUUCACCCAGCAAUUUGCAUGCAAUUAUUAUUAUUAUUAUUAUUAUUAUUAUUAUUAUUAUUAUUAUUAUUAUUACAUGUUUAAUGUUUUGAAAUGCCCCUGAAACGUGUUAGUUCCGGUUCACACGUGCGUUAUAGCAGCUAUAAACGUCAGCCUCUCUUUAUUCUCUCUUUUUAAGUUACAGUUGCUGAGAGUUUCUUGAAUCAUCCUUAAUAUUUGCAAACCAGUAAAUGCAUUUCUCAAAACAAUUUGUUCAAACAGCAAAACACAUUGGAUACUUAAAAAAGCCUGAACUUUUUUCAAAACCUUUAAUUCAUCUGUUCAUUAGAAUAACAGGAAGGUUUUUCACAAUCGUGAUGGUUUAAUGUGUCGGCAUGUUGUCAGUAUGAUGUUUCAGCAUUUCCUGAUGUGAAAUGCGAUUCGGAUCCCAAUACUAGCGUUCGUUCCUUUCCUGGUUCUUCAUCCAUUUUCAGAAAUUGUAAUUCUGUCUUUGCAAGCAGCAAGCCGUCACAAAACCUCGUCUGAAUCAUUCAUUCUUUUAUCACGUGACUUUUAUAGAUGCUGUGCAGUUAUAUAUGGAUGGAGAAAUGAUCAGAACUUGGUGAAUGUGACAUGUUGGGAAUCUGUUUAUUGAAAAUUUAAAAGAUUUGAUUUCUGAUCAAAGAAAAAACGAAAUGAAAUAAAUGAAUCAAAAAAAGAUUCGUUCAUUUUGAUAAACGAAAUUCAAAGAACCGAGUCACUAAAAUGAUCUGAUCUUCACAUCUCCAGUGCAUUUGCUCGCCAAUGAAAGACCUAUUUUAGAGAAGUAGCUGAUGAUUGGUUGAUCUGAUGUCAGACACAUUUACAUAAAAAAUACGUUUAAUAGAAAUUGAAUCUUGACAGAUUGUGACAACUGCUUUAACUAUUUUGCAUUCAGUGACAUGUAAUAAACUGAUGCUGAGAUGUUUUGAGGUUCAGACUAUUCAGGUGAAAACCAGUGUACUAUAUUUUGAUAAACAUGAACUUAAACAGUUGAUAGUGUGGGAAACAUCAGACACACAAUCAAUUAAUUAAUGAACAUUCGCAAUUAGUUCAAAGAGAAAAAAUGCUUUUAUGAUUCGCACACAUGACGAGGUGAUGUGGAGGUUGAACAAGUUUUGAGAAUUUUAUUUCUGAUCUGAGAAUCAUCUCCAAAGCGGCUGAGAAAAACUGUAAUAAAAGGAAAAACUCCUCUUUCCUGAAGACAUCAUUGCUUUAACUUCUGUCUGUGACCAUGUGAUGACACUGGAGACUCCUUCCAUCACUGGAGUCUGAUAAGUGACUGUUUCUUUCCUCUCACAGUGUUUUCACUGUAACUAUAAAUAAAGAGAGAAAUGAGAUUAUCUUGAAUAAAAACACACUCAGGGACAUGCGGUUGGAGGAAACGGAA